GGCCCAGCAGAGUGCUGAGAGCAGCCCCCGGCAGCAGCUGCUGGCAGGGCAGGGUGAGCGGCAGCCAUGACGACAGAGACAGGCCCUGGCUCCGAGGUGAAGAGCUCUCAGGAGGAGGCUCCACAGCAGCAGCUGGAGGCAGCUGCCCACGGCCCCACCGGCGCCAACCCCUCCGGUGCCAACCCCUCCGGCGCCAACCCCUCCGGCCGCGACGCCGAGGCCAAUGCCAAGCCCGGGGCCGAUGCCCGCAGCAUGGAGCCGGGCACAGAGCUGGAGGAGAAGGACUACUCGGAGACAGAUGGGCUCUCAGACAAGACCACCCCCAGCAAGACCCAGAAGUCUCCCCAGAAAACCAGCAAGAAGGUGAAGAGUGCUCUCUGCAGGGUGACCUUGCUCGACGGCUCCGAGUACGAGUGCGAGGUGGAGAAGCAUGCCCGGGGCCAGGUGCUCUUCGAGCUGGUGUGUGAGCACCUCAACCUGCUGGAGAAGGACUACUUUGGCCUCACCUUCUGCGACUCAGACAGCCAGAAGAACUGGCUGGACCCCUCCAAGGAGAUCAAGAAGCAGAUCCGCAGUGGGCCCUGGAACUUUGCCUUCACUGUGAAGUUUUACCCUCCAGACCCUGCCCAGCUCACAGAGGACAUCACAAGAUACUACCUGUGCCUGCAGCUCCGUGCCGACAUCAUCAGCGGGCGCCUGCCCUGCUCCUUCGUCACCCACGCCCUGCUGGGCUCCUACGCGGUGCAGGCCGAGCUGGGCGACUACGACCCGGAGGAGCACCUGGGCAACUACGUGAGCGAGCUGCGCUUCGCCCCCAACCAGAGCCGGGAGCUGGAGGAGCGCAUCAUGGAGCUGCACAAGACCUACCGGGGAAUGACCCCCGGGGAAGCCGAGAUCCACUUCCUGGAGAACGCCAAGAAGCUCUCCAUGUACGGGGUGGACCUGCACCAUGCCAAGGACUCGGAGGGCAUCGACAUCAUGCUGGGCGUCUGUGCCAACGGGCUGCUCAUCUACCGCGACCGGCUGCGCAUCAACCGCUUCGCCUGGCCCAAGAUCCUCAAGAUCUCCUACAAGAGAAGCAACUUCUACAUCAAGAUCCGCCCGGGGGAGUAUGAACAGUUUGAGAGCACCAUUGGCUUCAAGCUGCCCAACCACCGCUCUGCCAAGCGCCUCUGGAAGGUCUGCAUAGAGCAUCACACCUUCUUCAGGCUGGUGUCUCCAGAGCCCCCCCCCAAGGGCUUCCUGGUGAUGGGCUCCAAGUUCAGGUACAGCGGCCGGACGCAGGCUCAGACGCGCCAGGCCAGCGCCCUCAUCGACCGCCCCGCGCCCUUCUUCGAGCGCUCCUCCAGCAAGCGCUACACCAUGUCCCGCAGCCUGGAUGGAGAGUUCUCACGCCCAGCCUCGGUCAGCGAGAACCACGACGGAGGGGCAGAGGGCGAGAAGCAGGAGGAGGACGGAGAGCUGGGCAGCAGGAGGAGGUCCCAGGCAGAGGAGGAGGAGGUCACCACCCCCACCAAAAUCAAGGAGCUGAAGCCGGAGCACGAAACAACCCCCAGGCACAAGCAGGAGUUUCUAGACAAGCCAGAAGAUGUCUUGCUGAAGCAUCAGGCCAGCAUCAACGAGCUGAAACGGACCCUGAAGGAGCCCAACAGCAAGCUGGUGCACAGAGACCGGGACAGGAGGCUGCCUUCCUCACCAGCCUCUUCCUCACCCAAGCACGAGGAGGAGACACCAAAGGGAACCCCAGAGAAGGCCAGCGAGACGAUGGAAGAGGACUCCCUAGACGGUUUUGCAGCCGGGCACGGAGCUUCCCUAAGCAUGGAGUCUUUCACGCAGAAAAGCCUGGUCUCCUCUCCUGAGGGCUCGGAGCAUUGGGUAUUUAUAGAGAGAGAAACUCCUAGGCUGGAAACCAUAGCUCUAAGGAAAGCUCUGGCAGUCAAGAAGGAAGAAGCACAUGCAGGUGCUGCUGCAGAGGUGAAAAUGAGUGGAAGCCUGUCGAGCACGGAGCUGGCAGCAGGGAAAGGCAAGGAGCUGGCAGGCCAGGAGGAGCCUGCAGAGGCAGCCUCGGACACCCGGAGGAGAGCAAAGAUGAUCGCCAGUCCAGAGGACUUUGAGUCGGUCUGGGAGGAUGAGAUCUUUGAGAAGGACACCAGGGGGGAGCCCAGCCAGGAGGCAGAGAGCACAAAAGGGCCCCAAAAGCAGGGUGAGGAAGCAGCCAGCAGUGAGCCAGGUCUGCCCAAGCCGUAUCAGCAUCCUGAAGAGAACCAGAGGGUGAAGCUUUUGGGGCCGGAGCCUCGCCAGGGAGAAAGGGAGGUGGGCUCCCAGGAGCGUGCUUCUGCAGCCUCCAGGAGGCAGGAGGCCAAAGUGCCACCUGCAGCCACAGAGCUCAUUAAAAUCAGAGUGAAGGCCACUGAUGAGAGCUCAGAGACUUCUGCCACCCAGAGGAUCAUCUACCUAGGAGACCCAGAGGGAGAGGAGAAGGACAAUAAACCACUUCUGCUCUUGGACGCUGCUGGACGGCUUGGCUUGGAGGAGAGACCAGAAGCCGCUGUGGGCACAUCUGGGGAGGCAUCUGGGCACACAUCCCCUGCAGCAGAGAGGUUCCAGUCCCCUUCCUCAGCAAGUCAGCAGCAUGGGGCAGUGCCUGGGAAGCCUGCUGAAGCACCAGGGCAGCGUGGCACAGGCUGUGAUGGGACCAGCCUAGGGUGGGAGGAAGGGCUGCUCCUGCAGCAAGAGAAAGCAUCUGCUGGGCUGGCAGGCUGCAGAGCACCCCAGGGAGGUCAAGCCCUACCAUGUUCCCAAGAAGGGGGACCAGAGGAGAUGGAGCUGCAAAGCCCAGUGGGAAGCUUGAAGCUGUGUGGCCUGGCAGGGGCUGGCCAUGGGGCUGAGGAGCUCAGAGGGAGCCCAGAACAGAGGGCUGGAAGGAUUGGGGCAGGUGGUGACAAGGAGGGAAGUGUCAGAGUGGUUCUUCAGAUGGAGGAGAUAGAGACCAAGUCACCUCUGUCAGCUGUGCCUCAGCAGGGUCACCCUCACAGCACCGUGGGGUUGGAGGGGUAUAAACCCAGCAGUCCUGCCCCUGCACCUCAGCCCCAGCAAUCCAGCCCUGCCCUUGCAGAGCCAGCCCCAGGCACUGAGCCUGAGGGCACGGAGCUGGCCCAGGGCCCCAGCCCUGUAGGAGGUGUGGGCAUGCCCAAGGACGUGAGGCACCCAGGGGAGGUGGCACACGAGGAGGCAAGCCCUGCAGGGGGUGAAGGAGCACCCAAGGACGUGAGCCCUGGAGCACAGCUGGUGAUAGCCAGGAGCAGCAACCCUGCAGCUGAAGGACCACUCCAAACCACGGGCUUUGCUGCAUGGAAACCACACCAAGGUGCAAGUCCCGUUGCAGCAGGACCACCCCAAAACACAGAUGCUGAAGCAGAGCUGAUCCAGGCCAAAGACAUGGCAACAGGGGAGGUAGCCCAGGACAUGGACCUUGGCACAGCGAGGGCAGCCCAGAGCAACAUCCCUGACACAGGAGAGCCAUGCCAGGAGGAGAAGGCCGUGAUGAAAGAGCUCUCCAAGGACAUGGCACCCACGACAGGGAAGCUGACCAGAGAUGAAGGCUGUGGGAUGGAGGAAUUACCCCACAACAAAAGCCCUUGUGUGGAAGAGCUGCCCCUGACGGCAGCAGAACCAGAACAGCAGGCUGGAGCCACCAAGAGAGACCUGCCCCAAGAGGCUUCCACGACUGGAGGGCUGCUCCAUGCCCCAGAUCCCAAAGCACAAGAGCCACCCCGGGACUUGGAGGUCAGUGUGGGGCAAGAUCUGCAGGGCAGGAGCCCUCCAGCAGGAGAAAGCACAAAGGCCAGGGACCCUCCUCCAGCCCAGUCACCGGGGGCUAAGCCUUCUGCCAAAGAAGCUGCUGAUGGCCCUCAGUCCCACUCCUCUGCAGCAGGCCUGUGCCAAGGAGCCCAGGUGUACCAGCUCUCGACCUCUGAAGGUGGGGCACAGGCAGCAGCAGCCGGUGGGACACAGCAGAUGGAGCCUGGGGCUUCGGUGGUGGUGGCUGCGGCCGCGGGCAGCCGGCAGGACCCUGAGGACUGCGGGAAGACCUCCGUGGCCUCGAAGAUCAAAAUGUUUGAGCAGAGCACCGCGGAGCAAAGGGCAGCCCCGGAGGGACAAGAGCCUGACGCGGGGCCAGCGGCAAAGGGGCAGCGCGGUGCGGAAGCAGAGAAGCCCUUGAGCACAGACCUCGCCCGGCCGGGGGCACCGCUGCCCAGCGCCGGCUCCGCCGCCCCGGGGCAAGGGGCAGAAGAGCCCUGGCAGGCUCUCUGUGUGGAGGAAGCUGCCCGCGUUGAGCUGGAGCAGGGAAGAGGAGAAGGCAGAGCCGGGCUGGGCUCCCCCGACUCGGGCUGCGAGCUGGCGGAAGCGGAGAGCAAAUCUCAGGAACCAUGUGGGGAAGAGAAGGAUUUAUCUGACCCGUCAGUAAAACCCAGCCCGACAGAAGAGCCUUUAAAGACUGCUGGGCCAGUGGUCUCCCAGAGAGCAGGCUUGAGGGAGGGCCCCGAGGAGAGAACUAAGCCCCCUCGGCACAGGGCGGCCGAGAGCGACACCGGCGACGAGGAGCAGGAGCAGGAGAAGGACUCCGCCUUCCUGAAGGACAACCACCUGGCCAUCGAGCGCAAGUGCUCCAGCAUCACGGUCAGCUCCACCUCCAGCCUGGAGGCGGAGGUGGACUUCACGGUGAUCGGAGACUUCCAGGGCACAGCCUUCGAGGACAUCUCCCGCAGCUUGCCCGAGCUGGACAAGGACAAGAGCGAAACGGAGGACGAGGGCCUGGCUGCCUUCCAGCACGCUGGCAAAGCCGUGCCUGAGCGGGAAGAGGAUGCCAAGGGCAGGGGGAAGGUCUCCCAGCCCGGCCCAGAGGUCUCCCAGCUAGAGCCAUCAGCCCCAGGAGCCGAAGCUGCGAGCACGGAGCUGGGGCCGAGCACGAAGAAGGCAGAAGCAGAGAGCUCUGCACCCCAGCAGCUCAGCACCACGGAGGAGGCCCAGGUGGAAGGAGGCACUCCAGGCAGCAGGAGCACCGCAGCCACUGGCACCGCAGAGAUGGCACUGCCAAGCUCAGUAAGCAGGGCUGGCCUGGAGAGGUGCAUCCCAGUGGGAAGGUGCCAGCUGUUUGGGGGGCUCUGCUGUGGGGGCUCUGCUGUGGGGGCCCUGCUGAUGCCACUGCUCUCUGCCCUGCAGAUCACCAGCAGCUCUGCUGGGAAGGAAAUGCUCACCAGCAUAUUCAGUGCCACUGCAGAAACCCUCUCCACUUCCACCACUACCCAUGUUACCAAGACUGUGAAAGGAGGCUUCUCCGAGACCCGGAUAGAGAAGCGCAUCAUCAUCACCGGCGAUGAAGACGUGGACCAGGACCAGGCCCUGGCUUUAGCAAUCAAGGAAGCAAAACUACAGCAUCCUGACAUGCUGGUAACCAAAGCUGUGGUGUACAGAGAAACAGAACCUUCUCCAGAGGAAAGGGACAAGAAGCCUCAGGAAUCUUGACCAAGACGUUGCUGGAAGUCAGCAUCCGGAUGGCGACCUGGGGAGCGGCGGAGGAGAAGGAGCCCUUCGUGCUGGGCCCUCUCAGCAAGACCUUUGACAUUGUGGCUGCAAUGGAGAGAGAGAGAGAGAGAGAGAGACAUUUUUUUCUGUUGUUGUUGUUUAAAAGGAAUAACAAAUGCAUUAUAUAUAUAUAUACAUACAUACAUAUAUAUAUAUAUAUAAAUAUAUCAAAGAACCCC